AUGGCCCUUUUCAAAUCUUGGGAGAAUCUUGAAGGCGAGCAUCUACUUGACCUGUUGUACAAAAGUUUGUCUCCGGCAUGCCCCAAAUCCACGAAGGAGUCCUGGUCAUUGGCUCAGUCCGUACCAUGUGUGACCGAGCUAAGGUCCUCCAGAAUCUACUUCGAGUCCGAGAAGGCAGACAGCUUGCUGGACAUAAGUUUCCAUGAACGGAUACUCCAGAUACCAGAAAUCGCAAUCAACGACUUCAUGACCACCGUGCUGAUAAACUGCGUGUCCCUGGAACAAUGCCGGGAAAACAGGUCCAAGUACAUGACUGAUUACGUUUCCUUCAUGCACUGCCUCAUCAAUCAGCCAAAGGACGUGUCUCUUCUCCGUUCAGAUGGGAUCAUGGCACUCUAUUCUCGUGAUGACCAGUAUGUGGCUGAUCUGUUCAGCAAGCUUGGGAAGAGCAUUUCUUUCAAUGUUCAUGACUGUUUUCUGUCCAAGCAGUUCGAGGAGCUUGAAUCGUACUACCGCAGCAACAGGGCGAAGAUGAUGCGCACUUACUUUUCCUGUCCGUGGUCAGUCAUAUCGCUCUUCUCGGCUAUCUUAAUCGUGGUUCUCAGCAUCACACAGACCGUUAUGGCUAUACUUGCCUAUUUCUCCCCCCGCUAG